AUGGACAUUGGCGAAUAUGAUACGAACGCCUUACUGAUUAACAACAUCGCGUCCGUAAGCUUCGCCUUCUACGAGCCUUCGGUCUCCGCGUCGUCCUCGUCCCUCAGCCCAAGCAUAAUACAACUCGAGUCACAGCUUCGCAAGGAUGGCUUGCUUGCUUACGUCGAGGCUGCCCGACGACGGGUCUGGUGUUUUCGACUGGUCCGCAGAGACGUGGAGGCCGAUGCUACCACAGCGGGUGCGACGUCAGAAGGUUUCCCCAAGAUAGUUGAAGGGGGCGGGUAUACCUUGCCCCUUGUCGAGGAAGGCGUGUUCGAGCCGGCGAGCCUCGCCAAAACGAGGAACUUGGGACCGAACGCCAAUGCCACACCGAACAGCAGCGCCUCGUCUACACUGUCGGCCGCAGUCGAGAACACGUUCCGAACACCUCAAUCUACGGCUGCAGGCGCGGGGUUUCCAGCGGCGCAGAUCGGUCAGAAUGUGCCUGCGGGGCAGGAUAGCAAAGCCCUUGUGCCGGUCGAGGCUAAACCGAGUGCUCUCAACAGCCCCAAGGAAGCGUAUGAACCGCUGAUGUCUGCUAUACUGUCCGCUGUAUCUGCCGCUUUCUGUGCUGCAACAGGGGCGCUGCCGCUCAGUCCACGGACGCUGCUGUUAGCCCAGCCAGACAAAUAUGCCAGCCAUGCUUCUACGACUCUGGCUUCCUUGCGCAUAUACCUGACCACGACUGGCACUUUGAUAAUAUCAAUGAACCUGUCGCAAGUAGAAGGACUCAUGGCGCUCACAGACUACCGGGCGCCGAGGUUUCAUAACCAGGGCAUCACAGUACUUGCUGCGCCCUUUGGUGUCUUCGCGACGUGCCAGGCCACUUUAGGGGCGGACGGCAUCACGCUCGAAGCCAAUCUCGCUCAGACCCCUGAUACACUCGUGGUGGGCAGACGCCCGGACAAAGAAUCGUUGCCGUGGCGGACUAUUUGCGCCAAGAUUUUGCACGCUCGAAGCAUCAAGAUGCCUCUUGGGUCAUCUCGAAAAUGGCUAAACCUGCAACGGAUGCGGCGGAAACCUCUGGAGCAGAAGACGGAUGGUAAACGGACACCGGUCGUGGGUAUAUCACCAAAUAUAUCAUGGCCGAGCGCCUUACUGUUCUGCAAGGCCUUCUCAAAGAUGUCCAUCAGGGACAGCACAGAGCCGCAGUCGACGCCAACUCAAGCGAGGACAUUCGAUCCGCUGUCGAAUGCCAGGUCAUGGUUCAUGAGUGCGGGUGAGCGAGAAGCAGCUGUCGUCGCGAACAAGAAAAACAGAGAGGCUGCGUCGGCUUCUGCAGCUCUAGCUGCGACCAUGACUGCUGGAAAUGCAGCACCCGAGCAUCCUACCCAGCCAGUGAGUGCUCUUUCGCCGCUUGCGGUACGGCAGACUGGUGCUGUUGGGCCUGCUCCAGCAACCAUGUAUCUCACGCCCCCCGAUGGAGUUCCGAACGUGGCUGGCGCGACGCCAUCGCUUGACGCUCCUGCGUCUAGUCCAGUCAACCAUGCGGCGGCGGCGGCGGCGGCGACAACGGCCGUCGACGCUACGUCACACUCCUCUGCACCAGUGGAACCCGCUGGCGAGGAUUGGGAUGGCAGCAAGGUCAAACCAGAGCGACAGGGAAGCAGCACGUUUGAUUCUGACAAUCUCUUUGGCGAGCUUGGUCCUGACAUGUUUGGCGAUAACAACAUUACGGAAGAUGACUUUGACUUCUUCGACGAACAACAGCCCGGCCAGGUAGGUCUAGGUACGCUGGACUUGCCGAGUAUGCCCAGCACGCAACCUGACUUCGAAAUGGGCAAUACCCUACCGGGGGGACAGGAGAGCCACGAUGCGGAAGUCAAGGACUCACAGCCGCCACUGCCAGCAGAAGUGACCCCCGCACAACCGGAACCUGUUUUUGCAAAGCCUGAGCUCAAACACGCAAGGAGUUCGAUCAAAGAAGAAGAGCAACGUCGUCAGGCCGACAACAAGCAACGGCAGAUUAGCUCCAGCACAAAACGCCCUUCAAGCCCAUUCGAUCCGGCUACUGUCUACAAGAGAAUCAAGGCUUCUCUUGAUAACCACAAGGCUGCCCAGCAGAACUCGCGUGUCAGCAUAUAUCCGAACGAUAGCAUCUUCGACAAGGUCAGCUUCGGGUCUGGGUUGUCAUUUGUAAACAGCAAGUACGAGGGGAAUGGUCGCUUUGAUUUCUCAGUCGAGCUCCCAAAUGGCGUCACUUCUGCCGACUUUGAUGGCCCACCCACCACUGAGUAUUUGCGUCGCCACAGUAAAGUUCGUCAAGGUUUACAGCAGCUCAGUCUCGGCGGGGGCCACCCAUACAGUCGUGUGCAAGCACCCGGUGGUCAGAACGCAGAGAGUCCGAUGGAGCUUGACGACUCGGCUUCCGAUGCGGAUGAGCUCAGUCUUGUCUCUGACGAGGAGGACUCGAGUUAUGAGAGUGACGAGCCUACUUCGCCACAAAAGGUCGGUGCUCUGCGGCGCAAGCGCAACGACGAAGACGGGGAUUCCUUGACAGCAUCCUUCAAAGAGCUCGAGAGUUUGGAUGUUGUCUCGCCAAGCACGUCAAUGGACAUUCCUCGUGCAGUCAGAUCAGAGACAGAGCUUCCCCUAGUCAAGUACUUUGCGGAUCCAGAGCCUGUCGAUGUGCGGUGGCAGGUAGCAGACGAGGUGUUCAUGAUGGCGGCGCAGAUACUCGCCGAGCAUGCGGCCACAACGACGAUGCAUAUCGGAUCGAGCAGCCAGACUUCGCUCCGACUUCCCCUGGAGAAGCGAAGGGAUCUCCUCGACAUGACACGGGCCGCGAUGCAGGAUCUCAAGACGCACCUCCCCAGCUCUCUGGGAGCUGCUGAGUGCGGGCACUUCCGUCCUGUGGUCGAUACACAAGAUGUGCCAUUACUAGGCCCCCCAGGUCGCAUGCAGCCGCGCCCUCCAGGUGUCGAGCACAUGAAGCCCAGCAAUCUGUUCCAGAUUCCGACGCCUCGGUUUGAUCUCCGCCGCUACGAAUCCAAAAUGUCUGUCGUGCCGUCGGCCAUUUCGUUCUGGGAGAGUCUGGGACUUGGGCCAUCUCAGGGCCCCAAGGACAUUAGCGCGAUCAGCAUAUUCCCAAACUUUGCUGGGCUGUCUGAGGAUGCUCUCCUUUUUGUCGACCGUAUGCGAAGCAUGUAUGAGUCCUUGAAGCUCGGAUCGUUGACCAGAUUCCCCACAAAUGGCGAUUUCGCUGAUGGUCUUGUGCCUGUGGACACCGAGAAGCACCUUCAGGAUUUACACGAGUCGACUACCAUCCUGGGUGCGUCACUCUUCGAACAGAUUGGCAAGCUCGCCAAGGCUCUGGCCGCCGCGACGGCGCAGAAGACGAAUUUUGUCGUUUUCUUUGUCUACUUGUCAGAUGUCCCUGGUUCUCUUGCGGAAUCAUGCAUAGCAUUCCACCAUCUUUUUGAUGCAUACAAGAAGGUCCUGCUCGGGAAAAGACUACCCGUCGUCAACGAGCUCGUGCUACAGCUUGUUCCCGUGGACAUGAUCUCGGCGAGCACCUCGCUUGUAGUCCCGGCCCCGUUUGACAUUAGCAGGCUUGCGAUCGAGCUUUACGACAGAUGCACACUGUUUGACGGGUCGAUGCCAUCGCCAGCCAUUGUGCUCGAGCAGCCACCUCCGCGGGUCAUUGACUUCAAGCUGACAGCAAAUCCCUCGGCAUCGCUGAUGCGCGAGAACACCUGCCUGCACGUGGCUUACGCCCAGAGCGUGGACGAAAGGUGGAUCACGGCGGCGUGGACCGACAACUGGGGCAAUCAGCAGAUGACGGCGGCGUACUGUCUCGGAAGAAAAGGCAAGCCGAUCGCGACGGCGUUUGCCGACGUGGCGCACGAGAUAUGGGAGACGACGAGAGAGCUCAUGGCUACGUGGAAGAUUCACUGGCGGGUCAUGUUGGCAAAGUGUGGAAUCAUGGAUCAGCAUGAGAUCGAUGUCUGGUCUGGUCUCGCCCAGGGCGAAUCCAAGGUGACGGCGAGCUUGACACUCAUCACAGUCGAGACGGACCCGUCGCUCCAGAUUCUUCCCCAGCCGUCCAAGGUCCCAAGCUCCGCGCCAACAGUGUUUUAUACCACGCCCGUGUCGACACCGCAGGCGGGCAUGGUCUCGCCAGAGCAGAGUGGGAACCCGCCGACGCCUAUGAGAGAGAGCACAGCCACCAGCGCCCCGACCCCAGGAGCAGGCGACGGGACUACGGAUUUUGACGCCGACGCUUCCCUGAUUGACGUGACAGACCAGGCAUGGGGUGCUGUGCUUGCCCACCGGCUGAACAACUCGACGUCGGCCACGGAGCUGAGCCCGGCCCUGGUGAGCGGCUACCUGGUCAAGCGGAGCGGCAACCGAGGCGAGGACCCGCCGGCAGUGAUGGAGGUCAACCUCGUGUACACGGACAACAGCCCGCGCGCGUACGAGGCGCUGAUGCGAGAGCUGCUGACUUAUUACCGCGGACUGACGACGCUUGCACGGGCAAGAGGUGUCGUGGAAAGGACCGUGGAUGCCCGGCCGUGGCACGUCGCUGCUGCGGAGAAGGCUGUGCGAACGUUGUACAUGGCAAUGUGA